GGAGGGGUGCGCCUGGAGUCACCGCCGACCCGGGUUCCUGUGUGGGACUGGCUGGAGGAUGCCGGGCUGCCCAACCCCUAACUCUGAUGCGGUGUGGGGAGCGAGAUGGAGGGAUCGAAGGCGGCCGCCAAGUCCCCGCGCGAGCGGCGAGUGUCAGGAGCCGGCGCAGGAGAAUCAAAGUUCCCGGUGCGUCUCCGAGGCCGCUGUCCGGCUAGCGCGCGUGGCUGCCCCACUCCACGCGAAGGCGAUGGCUUCCAAACUCCUGCGCGCGGUCAUCCUCGGGCCGCCCGGCUCGGGCAAGGGCACCGUGUGCCAGAGGAUCGCCCAGAACUUCGGCCUCCAGCAUCUCUCCAGCGGCCACUUCUUGCGCGAGAACAUCAAAGCCAACACCGAAGUUGGUGAUGUGGCAAAGCAGUACAUAGAGAAAGGCCGUUUGGUUCCAGACCACGUGAUCACACGCAUGAUGCUGUCAGAGCUGGAGAACCGACAGGAUCAGCACUGGCUGCUAGACGGUUUUCCCAUGACAUUAGUUCAGGCUGAAGCCCUAGACAGAAUCUGUGACCUGGACCUCGUGAUCACUCUGAACAUUCCAUUUGAAACACUCAGAGAUCGUCUCAGCCGACGCUGGAUUCACCCUCCUAGCGGGAGGGUGUAUAACCUGGACUUCAAUCCACCUCUUGUACAUGGGGUUGAUGACGUCACAGGUGAACGGCUGGUCCAGCAGGAGGAUGAUAAGCCGGAAGCAGUCAACGUCAGGCUAAGACAGUACAAGGAGGUGGCCAAGCCGGUGGUUAAACUCUACAAGUCCCGAGGAGUGCUCCACCAGUUUUCUGGGACGGACACUGACAAAAUCUGGCCCUGCGUUUACGCGGUUUUCUCGAACAAGAUCACGCCGAUUCAGUCCAGAGAAGCAUGCUGAGCCCGGCCCGGGGAAGAACCAGAAAGAUGUGCUUCUCCCUCCAGAUGUUUCAAUUGUAUGUGUAGUAUGGUCCCCAGUAGAAGCCAGCUGAGAUAGCUUGCAGUAUCUUUUCUAGUUUCAAUGAUGAACUGAUAUGAAAACUAAUGAGUAAAGGAGGCAAUGAAGAGGCUGUUCUCUGCCCUCCGGAAAGAAGGGUCACCCGCACAUGUUUGAAGAUGCCUCUGCACAUGCCCGUCAAGCCCUCCGCCAGAAAACGAGGACAGGCUGGAUUUCAAACGCCGCAUAACCCAAGCUCUAGCUGAUUUUUGACCUUCAUGUUGCCAUAGUGGCAGCCUUUUUGCAUAUGGUGGUGGUUGUCUCUUGGUUCUCCCCACCCCCUAAAGGCUGUUGAACCACAGCACCAGUGGCCUGAGGAUGCCCAGGGCUGUAGCCUGGGCUUUGUCCACGGUCUCUGGUAUGUCCUCCCCUGGAGACAAGGAGGUUGAAGCCAGUUGCUCGCAGUGGUCGCUUCUCUGACUUUGAGUGACUGUACCCACAACUUAUUUUUUCUUUUUUGUUAGGAGAGGCAUCUCCCUUGCAUCCAUGCUCCAUAGAAGCUCUGCCCUUCAGACAUCCUGGAAUGAAAGGAUUUGGCUUCUGCUAUUUUUAUUAGAUGGUGUUUUUGUUGUUGUUGUUUUUUAAACAUCUGUUGCCUCCCCUCCCUUUCUCCCUACAGAUACUUACUGCUUUGAGCCCGCUGAGAUUCCUCUGUAAGAGCUGAGAGCUAGGGGAUCAUGUCAGAUCACUCGAUGCACCAGAACUGAGCUCUUUGAGGGUCUACUUUACACUGCUGAUCUGACUCUCAUGGGUGGAUACUGUUCCUUUUUUUUUUGUUGUUGUUGGAAAAAAAAAUCGUCGUUGUAAAUCCCCAAAGUAAGAAAUAUUCACCUACAUAAAUGUUAAAAGGUCAUAUCUUAUGUACUAGAUGUAAUUAAGACCAUAGGGAGUUACUGGACUAAAAGAAUUGUUUACUUUUUAUUCAAGAUAAAAAAAAAUGUAUUUUGAAAAUGCUGCUAAAUUUUGAUGCCGACAGUGUUUUUCUCCUGUGAGUAAAGUGUUGGCGAAGGGAAUGGAGCCUGUGGGGUUGCGGAAACAUGUUGCACUAGCUGUGCCUAGACUCAGGAUGACAGCUUUACAAUGACGAGAAAACAAAAUUUUAAUUUUUUUUUUUUUAUUCCAAAGAUUCUAUAGGGUGGCCAUAAAGUCUAAAAAGACGGAUAACACUAUUUUGUCACUCACUGUAAUGUAAUAUCAAUAAAUCACUUGUUAACGCUUUGCUUGGUUUCCAGA